CCCACGGGCUCCUCAGGUAUAUAUAUAGUCUCUAACACCGUCCCAGGACACUCUUAGCACCAGUCAGCCCUUCUCGUCCCUUAAGAUGAAGGUCGUAGCAUUGCUUCUGUGUGGGUUGGCUGUGGCGGCCGCCCAUCCCACUUGGGAGGAAUUCAAGACUACUCACGGCCGCAAGUAUGUGGACGCAGAGGAGGAACAGUACCGCAGGAGCGUGUUCGACCGCAAUCUUCAAUACGUCAAGGAACACAAUGAAAAGUUUGAGAAGGGCGAAAGCACUUUCAACCUGGCGAUGAACCAAUUUGGCGACAUGACGAAUGAGGAGUUCAACGCUGUGAUGAAGGGCUAUAAGAGUGGCUCUCACGCUGAACCCCACAAUGAAUUCGUCAUUAAGGAAGGUCUCCCCAUGGCAGCGACUGUGGACUGGCGUAACUCAGGGGCCGUGACUGGUGUCAAGGACCAGGGACAAUGUGGUUCAUGCUGGUCUUUCUCUGCGACCGGUUCCCUGGAGGCUCAGCACUACUUUAAAACCGGUUACCUGAUCAGCCUCUCGGAGCAGCAGCUGGUCGACUGUGCCGACGGUAUAUACUUCAACCAGGGAUGUAACGGUGGAUGGGUGAACCAGGCCUUCAAGUACAUCUAUAACUACGGUUCUCAGACUGAGGCUUCCUACCCCUACCAGGCUAUUGACAAUGUCUGUCGUUAUAAUUCCAAUUACGUCGCCGCUACGUUGAAUGACUAUGUAGACAUACCUCAGGGAAGUGAAUUGGCGCUACAGCAAGCAACUUAUUCCGUUGGGCCGAUCUCCGUGGCAAUUGACGCGUCCAACUAUUCCUUCCAGCUGUAUUACAGUGGCGUCUACUACGAGCCCUAUUGCUCAUCCUCUAACCUGGACCACGCUGUUCUGGUUGUUGGCUACGGUAGUGAGAAUGGACAGGACUACUGGCUCGUUAAGAACUCUUGGGGCUACAGCUGGGGCAUCAAUGGCUACAUCAAAAUGGCUCGUAACAGCAAUAACCACUGUGGUAUUGCCACUGAGGCUUCAUACCCACUUGUGUAGUUACCAUGGCCUUGUCACCGGACGAAAUUGAAAUUGUUGAAAUUGUUCAAUUGAAAUUGAAGUUGCUUGAAAUUGAAUAAAUUGGCUUUUAU